UCAAACUACGCCUUCACCAGCCGGCCGGGCUACAGCGCAGGCGCUCAGAGUACUCGAACCCCGGGAGCCACCACCUACCAGAGCCCGGAAGGCCCGGAAGCAACGGCGCCGCCGGAGAUGGAGACGGAGGCGGCUGCGGCGAGGCAGGCGAAGGAGUCCCUGGAGCUGGCGUUCCAGAUGUCACAGAUCCUCGACACCGGCCUCGACCGCCACACCCUGUCGCUGCUCAUGGCGCUAUGCGACCGCGGCGCCAACCCCGAGGCCCUCGCCGCCCUUGUCCGCGAGCUCUCCUCCGCCGCUCCCCCAACCGCCGCCGCGGCGUCCCCCGCUCCCGUGAGCAACGGCGCCGCAGCCCCGGCCCCGGCAUCCGCUUCUCUGUUCCCCUCCGGCCUUCGCCGUCCCUAGGGUUUGUGAUAUCCCCUUCUUCUCCGGUACUGUUGAAGACUGAACGGACUGAUGUCAUCAUUGUGUAGUAAAAGAAAAUUUAGUGCUGGAAUCGCUGGAUGAAAAGGAGUGCCUUCUGCACUGCUGUGGCUGUUGUUGGGACAAGAAAUCUGUGGUUCACAGAGGUACCAAAAUGGACGUAUCCUUCGCAGGACUUCUGCUGGUUAACAGUUGUGAUCACGAGGAGUCGUUUUCUUUUUCAUUUAUCAUUUGAUUACGUCCAUCAGUUGUAUGUAUCAGUUUCGCAGUCGGUCUUCCGUCAAUUAUCCUCACUUUGACCAUACCGCUCCCUGCAUUGUCAUGUGCUAAUCCUGCGAGGGAACGUGUCACGGCUACCGAUCGAACAUUCACUUUCAGAUCCCAGUCAAAAGCUGCGAGGAUGACGUCCCGUCGCUGCGCCCUUGUCCCGGUUAGAAGUGCACCGUGAUGCCAUCUUACUGGUGCUCCACUUGUACUCAUAUUCUCGAUCUCAUCAACUCUUGGUCGUUGUUACAGUUGUGAAUGUUUGAUACCACCCGUGCAAGUUGCGAUGCAUAAUUUGGAAGGUUUGAUCA